AUGCCUUGGUGGGAUUCUCUGGAGAAGGCGGGGAACAUAUCUAAGUUGGCAAUUACUGCUCUAAAAAGUGCACAGCAAAAAAUUGAUGAAGUUCUCGAUAUAUCCGACGAAGUCCUAAGUCUGGACAAUACGUCAUCCUUACAUGGAAUUAAUAGUCGUCACAGUGAUAGCUCGAAAGAACUAGAUAAUGUUGAAACUAUUCAGGUAGCACAUGAAACCUUAACCGCUGGUGUGGAGACUUCUGAAUCGGAAUGCUACCUUGUAAAUGAUAGUUUGGAGAGCGUUUCCUGCCUUUCAGAUGACUUGACGAAGUCUUAUUCAUUUCCAUUUGAUCCUUCUAUGGAAAAGUCGACUUAUAACCACCAGUUGGAAGAUUUUACGUCAAAUCUGCAUGAUGAUGAACAGUUUCAAGUUAGGAAGUCUGAGGCGGCUGCUGCUGCUACUGAUAAGUCGCUUUUAAAUUCAAGUCAAGUAAUCAAUUCUCCGCUGCCGCCGCCUUCAAAUGUUGAUUCUACAAGUAUUGAAGUGUGUUCUCUUGUUGAUGAACCACAACAGAACUCACCUACUCUUGUUCAAGAUGAUUCCAGUGUAUCAUCACCAAUGACAUCUUCUCCAGAUGGCACUUCAGUAAAAUCAACAACACUGGAAGUUGACAGAAACAUGCAUUACGUGGAAAAGAGUAUUCUAUCAACUCAAAAAUCAUUAUCAGUUGAAGAGAUAAGAUUUGUACAGUGUACUUCACCUGUUGAAGAAGAAGAAGUACUCCCAUUGACUACUACCACUACUCAGCGAUCGAUUUGUUUAGAUGAAGAUAUUGAUACCAACACAACAGGAUCAGAUAUUGAAGUUAUUUCUUGUUCAACUUCGACAAAUGGUGGUGAAGUUCACGGUGCAAUUCCUUCCAAUAUAUCGAUGAUUAUGCGACAGCCGGUUAACGCAGCGAGUUCUGGCAGUACUGACAGCAGCAGUCUACAUCCAUUUUUAUCUCCAAAACAUUCCAUAAGAGGAUUUAGUGCUCCAGUUGGUUUGAGCAAGUACCCAAAUCGUCCUGAACAUCGUCGAUCAAUGAGCGUUUCUCAAAAUUUAUCUAUGGGUUUAAAAAACCACACCAUUGACGAUGACUUAACAUUCGCUUAUCAUCAUCUUGCCAAAAAAUUUUCCGAUGUGAAACAACUGUUGAAUGUUCGUGAAGCAAAAAUUAUGCAGCUUAGUCAUGAGAACAAUGUGUUACAGAAUUCGGUCAAUACACUACAAGAACAAUUGAAAAAUACCCUGAAUACACAAGGCUCUGGGUCAACAGAUGUAUCCACACUUACCUCAGAGUUUUCACAGCGUUUAGCAGAAACAGAAAGUCGACUACAAAUUGUAUGUCGUGAAAGAGAUCAAUUGAAACGAAAUGCAUUGUCAGUGAAACCAAAAGUUCCAGUGAUUACACGUGCUGUCGGUGAUGAUAAACCUUUUGUAGAUAAUAAUUUAAAGCGUCUCACGGAAUUGGAUCGUCUGAUUGUGGAGAAAAAUGAAGAGAUUGAAAAUCUGUUAAAAGAAGGCCAUAAAUUAGCAGCGGAUCAAUUGAAAGCGAACAAUUUAAUUAAAAAGUUACGUUCAGAACAGAAAGAAUAUAAGCAGACUGAAGCAUCACUAUUAAAGCAGGUAGACCAAUUGAAUGCUGAAGUCCAUCGAUUGCGUACUGAUCUGGAGAUUAAAGAAGAGGCAUUAGGCACUCAGUUUGCGAAUUGUACAAAACAAGCGAAAUUAAUCGAUAGUCAAGAUGAGCAGUUGGAAAUUCUCAAGAUUCAAAUUAGCAAGAAUGAGAUCAAACUGUCGGAUCAGGCACAGGAGUUGGAAAGUCUCACUAAUGAAAAUGUUGAAUUAAAAGAACGAUUGGAACAGAUUCAAAGUCAUGCCAAAGCAGAAAGUGGUUGUUUUGAAGAUUUAGAAAAGGCUAGACGAGAAUGUACAACACUCAGAGAGAAAUUGGAUAACGCGUCAAGAGAAGCAUACAUCUUUAAGCGUCAACAUGAAGAGCAGGCAGUGAAAUGGAGAGAAGAGAUCCAGUAUUAUCAAGACUUGUUAUCCGAUGCUCAAAUGAAAAUUGAAUCGUUGAAUGAAGUUACUACGAAUGCAGCUCAACCAAUCAUGAGGCAAUUGGAAAUACUCCAGUCAAAUUUAACCAAUCAAACAUUGGAAUGGGAAGCGAAAGAGCAACAAUUGAAACAGUCAAUAGCCGAGUAUAGAGAAUUGUAUGAAAAUGCUCAAUCGGUUGAAGAGACCUGGCGAAGUCAACUUCAGGCAGCAGAGGACAAUUUAAGCGUGCUAAAAUUAGAAAACAGUGAACUGAAACGCAAACAGACUGAACUAGAAAAGUCAAUUUUAACUGAACAAGAAAAAUCCCGUACCUAUUCACUUGAUUCGUAUGAAUUAAAGAAUCAACUGGCCAAUUGUCAAUCUGAAGUGAGUGAACUUCGUUCUUAUGUUAAAGAAUUGGAGGAAAACUUAAAGGCUGAACAGAAUCGAUGUCGAACAUUGUUGGAGGCGACAAUGAAUAGUAGUAAUUUAUCCGGAGAACAACAACAACAGCAACACCAUCAACACCAAGAAACGAAGACGGAUCCUAAAGAUGACAGUCAUACAAAUCAUAGGAAGAAUAUUCAGUUGAAUUCACAUCCUGAUGAUCGUAAGUCUUCAUCUAGUGAAGAAGUUCCGCCUAUGUAUAAUAAUGCAUCGAGAUUAUUCACACUUCCUAGUGAUAUGCGAAGUGAAGCGACCAAGGAAUAUGUUCAGUCUUACCUACAUUUACGUGAAGGGGAAUGUGUUCAUUUAAAACGUGAAAUAGAACAUUUACAAUCCAAACAAGAAAAAUUAUUACAGGAGAUUGCUAAACAAACAGGACUUGUUGAAAAAUAUGCUAAACUUGCCGGUGUUAAAUAUUCUAAAAAGUCUACUGGUGAACAUCGAAUAAAGUCGAUCUACUCCUCCGUUCCCUCUGCAUCCUCCACUUCUACUGUUUUGAUAAAUAAAAUUACUGAUGAUGAUGAUGACAAUGGCGAUGUCGAUGACGAUGAUGAUUUUAUUGAUAUCGAUGAGAAUAAGGAAUUACAACGCCGCUAUGAAACUCUAUUGGUACUAUGCGGUAAAUUAACUGAAGAGAAUAAUGAAUUGAAAUUGGAUCUGGCUGAUGUAAAAGAAAUGUAUAGAGCACAGAUUGACAUGCUUCUAAAGGGGCAAUAA